AUGGCUUUAGGAGAAACAGGUCCAGAGCCUCUGUACCUACAGCCUCUGCACCAUCACAGCCUCUGCACCAUCAGCCUCUGCACCAUCACAGCCUCUGCACCAUCACAGCCUCUGCACCAUCACAGCCUCUGCACCAUCACAGCCUCUGCACCUACAGCCUCUGCACCAUCACAGCCUCUGCACCUACAGCCUCUGCACCAUCACAGCCUCUGCACCAUCACAGCCUCUGCACCGUCACAGCCUCUGCACCAUCACAGCCUCUGCACCAUCACAGCCUCUGCACCUACAGCCUCUGCACCGUCACAGCCUCUGCACCGUCACAGCCUCUGCACCAUCACAGCCUCUGCACCUACAGCCUCUGCACCACCACAGCCUCUGCACCUACAGCCUCUGCACCAUCACAGCCUCUGCACCAUCACAGCCUCUGCACCGUCACAGCCUCUGCACCACCACAGCCUCUGCACCGUCACAGCCUCUGCACCGUCACAGCCUCUGCACCAUCACAGCCUCUGCACCGUCACAGCCUCUGCACCACCACAGCCUCAGCACCAUCACAGCCUCUGCACCAUCACAGCCUCUGCACCAUCACAGCCUCUGCACCGUCACAGCCUCUGCACCGUCACAGCCUCUGCACCAUCACAGCCUCUGCACCAUCACAGCCUCUACACCAUCACAGCCAGCCUCUGCACCUACAGCCUCUGCACCUACAGCCUCUGCACCACCACAGCCUCUGCACCUACACCCUCUGCACCUACAGCCUCUGCACCGUCACAGCCUCUGCACCGUCACAGCCUCUGCACCGUCACAGCCUCUGCACCACCACAGCCUCAGCACCAUCACAGCCUCUGCACCUACAGCCUCUGCACCUACAGCCUCUGCACCACCACAGCCUCUGCACCAUCACAGCCUCUGCACCAUCACAGCCUCUGCACCAUCACAGCCUCUGCACCUACAGCCUCUGCACCACCACAGCCUCUGCACCAUCACAGCCUCUGCACCUACAGCCUCUGCACCAUCACAGCCUCUGCACCACCACAGCCUCUGCACCAUCACAGCCUCUGCACCUACAGCCUCUGCACCUACAGCCUCUGCACCGUCACAGCCUCUGCACCACCACAGCCUCUGCACCGUCACAGCCUCUGCACCGUCACAGCCUCUGCACCAUCACAGCCUCUGCACCAUCACAGCCUCUGCACCACCACAGCCUCAGCACCAUCACAGCCUCUGCACCUACGCCCUCUGCACCACCACAGCCUCUGCACCAUCACAGCCUCUGCACCUACAGCCUCUGCACCAUCACAGCCUCUGCACCACCACAGCCUCUGCACCAUCACAGCCUCUGCACCAUCACAGCCUCUGCACCAUCACAGCCUCUGCACCACCACAGCCUCUGCACCAUCACAGCCUCUGCAUCACCACAAGGGUCUUUCUGCACAGACCGAGGUACAGACCGAGGCACAGACCGAGGCACAGACCGAGGCACAGACCUACAGACCGAGGUACAGACCGAGGCACAGACCGAGGUACAGACCGAGGCACAGACCGAGGUACAGACCGAGGCACAGACCGAGGCACAGACCUACAGACCGAGGCACAGACCGAGGCACAGACCGAGGUACAGACCGAGGCACAGACCGAGGCACAGACCGAGGCACAGACCGAGGCACAGACCGAGGCACAGACCGAGGUACAGACCGAGGCACAGACCGAGGCACAGACCGAGGUACAGACCGAGGCACAGACCGAGGUACAGACCGAGGUACAGACCGAGGCACAGACCGAGGUACAGACCGAGGCACAGACCGAGGUACAGACCGAGGCACAGACCGAGGUACAGACCGAGGCACAGACCGAGGUACAGACCGAGGUACAGACCUACAGACCGAGGCACAGACCGAGGCACAGACCGAGGCACAGACCGAGGUACAGACCGAGGCACAGACCGAGGCACAGACCGAGGUACAGACCGAGGCACAGACCGAGGCACAGACCGAGGUACAGACCGAGGCACAGACCGAGGCACAGACCGAGGUACAGACCGAGGCACAGACCGAGGUACAGACCGAGGUACAGACCGAGGCACAGACCGAGGUACAGACCGAGGCACAGACCGAGGCACAGACCGAGGCACAGACCGAGGCACAGACCGAGGCACAGACCCACAGACCGAGGCACAGACCGAGGUACAGACCGAGGCACAGACCGAGGCACAGACCGAGGCACAGACCGAGGCACAGACCGAGGCACAGACCGAGGUACAGACCGAGGCACAGACCGAGGCACAGACCGAGGCACAGACCGAGGCACAGACCGAGGCACAGACCGAGGUACAGACCGAGGCACAGACCUACAGACCGAGGUACAGACCUACAGACCGAGGCACAGACCGAGGCACAGACCGAGGCACAGACCGAGGUACAGACCGAGGUACAGACCUACAGACCGAGGCACAGACCGAGGCACAGACCGAGGUACAGACCGAGGUACAGACCGAGGUACAGACCUACAGACCGAGGUACAGACCGAGGCACAGACCGAGGCACAGACCGAGGCACAGACCGAGGCACAGACCGAGGUACAGACCGAGGCACAGACCGAGGUACAGACCGAGGCACAGACCGAGGUACAGACCUACAGACCGAGGCACAGACCGAGGCACAGACCGAGGCACAGACCGAGGCACAGACCGAGGUACAGACCGAGGCACAGACCGAGGCACAGACCGAGGUACAGACCGAGGCACAGACCGAGGCACAGACCGAGGCACAGACCGAGGUACAGACCUACAGACCGAGGUACAGACCGAGGCACAGACCGAGGUACAGACCGAGGUACAGACCGAGGCACAGACCGAGGUACAGACCUACAGACCGAGGUACAGACCGAGGCACAGACCGAGGUACAGACCGAGGUACAGACCGAGGCACAGACCGAGGUACAGACCUACAGACCGAGGUACAGACCGAGGCACAGACCGAGGCACAGACCGAGGUACAGACCGAGGCACAGACCGAGGUACAGACCGAGGCACAGACCGAGGUACAGACCGAGGCACAGACCGAGGUACAGACCGAGGUACAGACCUACAGACCGAGGCACAGACCGAGGUACAGACCGAGGCACAGACCGAGGUACAGACCGAGGUACAGACCGAGGCACAGACCGAGGCACAGACCGAGGUACAGACCUACAGACCGAGGCACAGACCGAGGCACAGACCGAGGUACAGACCGAGGUACAGACCGAGGUACAGACCUACAGACCGAGGUACAGACCGAGGCACAGACCGAGGCACAGACCGAGGCACAGACCGAGGUACAGACCGAGGUACAGACCGAGGCACAGACCGAGGCACAGACCGAGGUACAGACCUACAGACCGAGGCACAGACCGAGGCACAGACCGAGGUACAGACCGAGGUACAGACCGAGGCACAGACCUACAGACCGAGGUACAGACCGAGGCACAGACCUACAGACCGAGGCACAGACCGAGGCACAGACCGAGGCACAGACCGAGGUACAGACCGAGGGACAGACCGAGGUACAGACCUACAGACCGAGGCACAGACCGAGGCACAGACCGAGGCACAGACCUACAGACCGAGGUACAGACCUACAGACCGAGGCACAGACCGAGGCACAGACCGAGGUACAGACCGAGGCACAGACCGAGGCACAGACCGAGGUACAGACCGAGGUACAGACCGAGGUACAGACCGAGGCACAGACCGAGGCACAGACCGAGGCACAGACCGAGGUACAGACCGAGGCACAGACCGAGGCACAGACCGAGGCACAGACCGAGGUACAGACCGAGGCACAGACCGAGGUACAGACCGAGGCACAGACCGAGGUACAGACCGAGGCACAGACCGAGGCACAGACCCAGGCACAGACCGAGACCGAGGCACAGACCGAGGUACAGACCGAGGCACAGACCGAGGCACAGACCGAGGUACAGACCGAGGUACAGACCGAGGCACAGACCGAGGUACAGACCGAGGCACAGACCGAGGUACAGACCGAGGCACAGACCGAGGCACAGACCGAGGCACAGACCGAGGAACAGACCGAGGCACAGACCGAGGCACAGACCGAGGCACAGACCGAGGCACAGACCGAGACCGAGGCACAGACCGAGGCACAGACCGAGGUACAGACCGAGGUACAGACCGAGGCACAGACCGAGGUACAGACCGAGGUACAGACCGAGGUACAGACCGAGGCACAGACCGAGGUACAGACCGAGGUACAGACCGAGGUACAGACCGAGGCACAGACCGAGGCACAGACCGAGGCACAGACCGAGGCACAGACCGAGGCACAGACCGAGGCACAGACCGAGGCACAGACCCAGGCACAGACCGAGGUACAGACCUACAGACCGAGGUACAGACCGAGGCACAGACCGAGGCACAGACCGAGGCACAGACCCAGGCACAGACCCAGGUACAGACCUACAGACCGAGGUACAGACCGAGGCACAGACCGAGGCACAGACCGAGGUACAGACCGAGGCACAGACCGAGGCACAGACCGAGGUACGAUGGGUUUGAAGUAA